AUGUUCGAUUCCUUCGGAAACUUCAAGCCUGUUCGGGAUUACAAACGGGAGGACAGACGCCUCUUUGAACAAGAGGAAGAGCAUAUUGAAGUUAAGCUAAGAGCCUUGGAGAAGGCCAAGGAUAAUACAAAUGCGCGCCACGAACAUGAGAAAGAUCUCGAGCGCAUUGGAGCGAAUAUUUUCGUCCUAACAGAACUCCUACGCAAUGCGGAAGUUCAGCUUCCUCAACGGCCGCUGAAAAAGAUUUACGGCCAGAUCUGA